AUGGAGACACGCACAAUGCUGCGGCCGCUGGCCACGACAGCGACAAGCCUCUCGAGGCAAGCGACAUCCACAACGCCACGCAGAACCCAGGCAACCCUCGCCCGCACGAAGCGGGCGCUCAAGAUCCCGCCGCACCCGUCCUUUCUCACGCCCGACUCGGCCUCGACACACAUCAUCUACAACCCUCCCGCGGCGGCGCCUUCGGUCUUCCACACCCCCUUCAAGUUUCUCCCCAAAUCCGACCCGAGACGGCAGGCCAACCUGACCCAUCUCGUCCGCACAAACGAGGACGUCUUCUCGUCGGCGGGGAGCACGUCUGUGCUGCCCCCGCCUGUGACUCGCGCAGAUGAGAACCGGUUCACGCCACGGCGCAAUGUCACGCGAGAGCAGGUCGAGGAGAUGCGUGCCCUGCGUGCCCAGGACCCAAUGAAGUGGUCCGUCCUCAAGCUCGCGGCCAAGUACGAGUGCACACCCAUUUUCGUCAUGAUGUGCUGCAAGGCCAGCGCCGAGCAUCAGGCCAACGAGAAGGCCCGCAAGGAGGCCAUCCGCGCCCGGUGGGGCCCGAUCAGGACACAAGCCCGGGAGGAGCGCACCAAGCGCAAGGCUCUUCUUCUCAAAGGCUUGUUAUGA